AUGAAAAAGCUUAAGCAUGCGGCAGAAACAGAGGAGACUCUGUCCACAGCCAUGGCCGACGAUAGAAUAUCCAAUUUGCCAAUACAUACACUUCACCGUAUUCUCUGUUCCCUCUCCCAGAAAGAAGCUGUCCGAACAUGUCUACUCUCCAAACACUGGCGCUACAUAGGAUCAACCCGCCCCAACCUCGAGUUUUCUGAAUAUUGGUUCGACAACACACAACAAAACUUUGUCUCGGUAGUCAGCCGAACCCUACAAGGAUACCUUGAUCAAAACCUCUCCAUACACAAACUCCAUCUCCACUUAUCCAGGCCGAUGGUCUCCCUUCUCGACAAAUGGAUACAGAUAAUAGCCGCCCUCGGCAUAAAAGCGUUCAAACUAGACAUUUUUUCUUCUACUUCGAUGUAUUACGACCUGCCCUCGGCAGUCUUCUUAUCCGACUCCCUCCAAGAACUACACUUGUGCCAAUGCAGGUUGAGCCAAGUCGAGAGCUUGCGGUUCAAAAGUCUGCACACGCUCACCCUCAGAUCGGUCCAAGUUGAUGGCGGGACUUUUGAGACAAAAACGUUGAGAUGCCCUUUGCUCAGGCGCCUGGUCAUUAAAAGGUGUUGGGAGUUGAGAAACGUUUGGUUGAGCGAGGCGCCUGGGCUCAAGCACUUUGUAUUGUCGGAUUACAAGAGGAUUGAAGGGGGUAGCAUUAUAAUCGAUGUCCCGAAUCUCGAGACAAUCUUUAUCCGUGGCCCAUGGAUUUGGUCUCCCCACCGAAGCACAUUCUUGUUUUCUCGUCUCACGAGUUUGCAUCUCUGUAAUGUGAUCCUGUCGAGCGAGUCAAUCGACAUGUUAUCGUUCGGCUUCCCGACUCUUGAAAGCUUGGCUCUAGAUAAUUGCUCCGGUUUCGAGGAAUUACAUCUUGCAAAAUCUUGGUACUCGGACUUUACGAAUGAUUUGUUUCGUGUUUGCCGACCGAGGCUCGUAUGGGGUCGUAGGUUCGUGUGCGAGCUGGAGGUGGCCUGGAACCAGAGGCUCUCAAAUUUUCAGUUCAACGUCUUGCUUGCAAGCAUGAGCCUCGGGACCUUUUGGCGGCACGAUCUGGAGCAAGUGCAUGUGAAAACCGUCGUUGGGAAAAUAUGGCAGCUCGUGGAGUGGAUGGACCUUUCAGAGUUGCGAAAGAGGACGUAUAACAGGAAUAUAUGCCUUCAGUUGAAAUGGAGAGGUCAGAAUUGCGAAACAGGACGUAUGGACGGACCUUACCGGUUUUCUUUCACUCCAGUUGAAGGCGUAGGCCUAUUUGGUUUGCUGUGA